AUGGUAGAGCGAUUGCGCUGUAUCAUAAUCGAUGAUCAGCAACCCACACCAAGUCAGGAAGACUGUAACCCACACAUACCCCACUCAGGUAUUGUAUUUCGUGGAAAGGCUCUGAACUUCGACAUAUGUGGAAACGUAUCGUUUGGCCCACGAUUACUCUUGCAUUUUAAUCAAGCAAGCCAGAUACCACACGGUUCGUCAGAUCAGGUUGGAAAGACAGGAAAUACCGGUUCUAGUGGUAUUUGUUCUAGACUCUCGUUUCGGCGAUAUGCGUCAGGAGCUCUAGAACUCAAUGUAGAGACUUUCUUGUACAAGAAAAUUGUAGUGGCACGCGUUGGCAAAGAUGGUAGAAAUGAAGCAAGAAGCCAGUUUUUUGGGUUGACCGAGAUGACGCUAACCUGGUACGUAAAAUUCAGUGAGCUUGAGUGA